AUUCGCCACGUCCAGCUUAAACCAGAUUAAUACGCUUAAAUAUAUAUUGUUCAAGACAAAAUACUAUUAUAGAUAUUUGCUUAAGCACGAUGAUUUAAUAAACCAUGGAAUUUGCUGGAUAUGAAUUUUAACGUUUAAUUACAAAAACACGCAUAUCUAUUCCUGAACUAUUUUACGGCUUGGAGCCAUUUCCGUUUUUUUUUUAGUGACGUAAAGAGUCGUGUGGAAAAAUGAAAACAAACUCGGCAAAAGAUGACAAGCAUUUAGAUGAAAUCCAUUGACUGACAGAACUAUUUCGUGAAUUUACAAUGACUUUAUAUAUCACUUCGUUGGUGUUUUUUCUUUUUAUUAAUGGUACCCUUCAAGUGAAAAACCGAAGUUCCAAGGUUGCAGAUCGAUGUUUUUGCAAGUUAAAUGGUGAAAUUGAUGAUUGUAGCUGUAAAGUAGAAACAUUAAGUGUUUUGAAUAAUAAUAAAAUCUACCCACGUAUUAAAAGUUUACUCUCAAGAAAUUAUUUUAGAUAUUUUAAAGUUAAUUUGAAAAAGAAGUGUCCAUUUUGGCAUGAUGAUAGUAGAUGUGCUUUAAAAGAUUGUCAUGUUGACACAUGUAAGGAGGAAGAAAUCCCAAGUGCAAUUAAAAAAGGUUCAAGUGCUUAUAGAUACAGCGAAGAGGCUCAGAAAGAAGAGAGCUGUGCUGAAGAAAAAGAACUAAGUGCAUUAAACACAACCAUAAGUGAUGAAAGUAUACAAGCCUUUAAAGAUUGGAAAGAACAUGAUGAAUCUCAAGAUUUAUUUUGUGAUAUAGAUGAUGAAUCAUCAGCUGAUAGUGAAUAUGUAGAUUUAUUGUUAAAUCCAGAAAGAUAUACUGGUUAUAAAGGUGAAUCACCUCAUAGAAUCUGGAGAUCUAUUUAUCAAGAAAAUUGUUUUAAGCCACAAACAGAGUAUAUUUAUGGACCAUCUAAAUCCUCAUCACCUUUAUGUUUAGAAAAGAGAGCAUUUCAUCGUUUAAUAUCUGGAUUACAUACUAGUAUUAAUAUUCACCUUUGUGCUGAUUAUCUAUAUCAAGAAAAUUUAGGUUAUGGUAUGAAAGCACAUUGGAAACCAAAUGUUGCAGAAUUUCAAAAGAGAUUUGAUCCUCAAACUUCUAAUGGAGAAGGUCCACAGCGAUUAAAAAACCUCUUCUUUACAUACUUAGUAGAAUUAAGAGCAAUAGCCAAGGCAGCACCCUAUUUACAGGAGGAAGAUUUUUUUACAGCAGAUAGUGAUGAAGAUAAAGAUGUUAGACAAGGAAUAGAUGAUCUAUUAAAUAUUAUUAGUACGUUUCCAGACCAUUUUGAUGAAAGUAAAUUAUUUGCAGGAAAUCCAAAUGAAGCUAAAUUAUUGAAGGAUGAAUUUAGAAAUCAUUUCCGUAAUGUUUCACGUAUUAUGGAUUGUGUUGGUUGCGAUAAAUGUAAAUUAUGGGGCAAGUUACAGACUCAGGGUAUGGGUACAGCGUUGAAAAUAUUAUUUUCUGGUGAUGAUAUAGGACCAGAUUCUACAGUUAACGCUCAACAGAAAAAACAUUUCCAACUCACUAGAUCUGAAAUAGUUACUCUAUUUAAUGCCUUUGGACGAUUAUCCAAGUCUAUACAUUCCUUAGAAAUGUUUAAAUCUUUAUUAAGUAAAUCUUAAUGUUUAUUAAUAGUCAGUCAGCUGUGUUUACUAGUAUGUACAUCUUUAGUCUACUUAUUCAGAAGGUGGAUAAAAAAGAAAACUGAAACUACUACUUAUUCUUUCUCUUACUGUAGUUGACUUUUAUAUUCACAGAAAUCUAUAUUUAUGGCAGACUGACUAGAUAAGACUAUUGUUUUUAUUUGAUACAAUUGUUACUUUAAACAGUAUGGUACUCUUACAUAAUAAAUAAAGUAAUAAGAACCAUAGUGUGAGAAAAUCUAAGGUUUAAAAUAUGCCAAAAAUCAUAUAGGCAAUGAUUCUGUGUCUAUAUCUACUAUUUUAUUUGUAAGGCUGCAGAAGGACUCUUUGUGAAAUGUCAUGGGUAACUAUGUCCUAUCGGAAUGUUGAAAAAUUAAAGUUCUGUUCAAUCAUACCAUUGUGAUGACAGUUUAAAUUUUGUUAUAUUUUAUAUAUUUAUCCCACCAAAAAAGAGAAAUUGUCAUAUGAUAUCUUAGACAUCCAAAUGUGAAGGUCAAAAACUUUGCUGCCUGUAGAAGAAAACCCUUAUAUGAAAUGUUGAUCAAACUGUGUUUGGUUAACCACUAUGCAAUAAUUUGUUAGUUUUCACAUUAUGAGAAUCUAGGCAACCUUUUAUGUUUUACUUUUCUAAAAAUCAUACCUUUCAUUCAAUAUUUUUUAUUUAAGUCCUGCAGUUUUUUUCUUUGAAUAUGUUAACUGAAAAUUAUUUUUUGAUUUCAAUCUACAGGAUUUUGAUAUUUCCUUUUUGUUUUGUUUAUGUAUAAAAAAUUCUGUAAGUUAUAUUUUGUUGUAUAUUUAUUUUAGAUCUAGACACAUUGCUUUUUUUCUAUCAGUAUUAUGCAUAACAUAUUUCUUAGUUGCUGUAAAUUUUCAAAAUUCCUUGACAUUUGGAAAUCUAAAAACUAAUGCAGAGGUCUUGGGAAAAUUUUUAUUCAUAGCACACAGCAUGUGCAGAAAAGUAGGACAAACACACCAUUUUAUUUUUACUAUAUUUAAAUUAAGGAGAUUGUCAUAUUGUGUAUUUUCAUGCAAAUGCUGUGUCAUCAUCGUUAGUGGUUGACAAAAUAUUGUUUUUCCUGAAUUAAUUAUGGAUGUUUAAAAAAAAAGUUUGUGUUUUUAUGACUGGGUAAAGCAAGCUGUGAUAAUCUAGAAUAAUGAGAUAUCUAUGAACAGCCCACGUUUAUUAUUUUAUUAUUGUUUGGUUAUUGUCAGUGAUCAGAUAGAAAUACAAAUGUAACCAAAAGUUAAGUGAAAAUUCAUCCCAACAAAAGUCAAUCCUUGUUGUAGGUUCUAUUUUGAAUUAAAAGAUGGAUUAUACAUAUUGUAUAGUGUCAGAUAAGAAAUUGAAAGUAUCAUCUGUUUUGUUAUGACAAUGUUGUUAAUUGUUGUUAAAAGACUGAUUUAUAAUAAAAUAAUUAAAUUAUAACUUUGCUC